AUGAAGCCACCCACACCACUCGGCCUCCAAGCCCUUCGCUCCCUGGCCUUCCCCUCAGCACAUCCACCAUGCCGCCUUGCCCGCCAAAGAAGAAGCUACGCCUCCAUCCCCGAGCCACCGAAACAAUUCCGCCCACCACCACCACCACCUCCAGCGCCGGAACAUAUCACCACACCACCAUCCCGCUCAGGAACCCCUCCCAACGCCACCCCUCUUUCACAAUCCUCACGUCAACCUCCUCCUCCUCCUCCUCCUCCACCACCAAUAUUCCGCCCAACACCGUCCGGCCCCGACCUCCGCAAGAAACGUGACGACGAUGAGGACUUCACCCCCUACCCCCUCACCCGCCCCAUCGGCAUGCCAUCCCCUCCCCUCCCAACCGAAAAUACAGGUCUAGACUCCCGCUCCCUCCGCCAACGCCGCGACGACUUCCACAAUUAUGAGAAGCAUCUCGCCCGCCGAGCCGCGAUGACGAAGCAGAUCGCCAAGCCUUACUUUCGCGAUUGGAGCAAUAUGCGGUUUUUUAAAGGGAAGGUGUUUAUUGCCCCCGAGAGGUUGUUUAGGGGGGACGUGAGUUUGUGGUUUCCGAAUUUCUUUGGGAGGUCGUUGAGGAGGGAUGUGGAGAGGCGGGGUGGGAUUAGGGAUGGGUAUGGGGGGUUGGGGAGGGGAACGACGGAGGUGCUGAGGGGGAAGGUGAGUGUGGUUAGUGUUGUGUCGAAUGAUUGGGCCGCGAAGCAGGUGGAUACUUUUUGUUCGAUCGAACAGAAUCCGGAGUUGCAGGUGGUUUUGGCGGAGGAGGAGGAGUUGGUGCAGCGGGUGGAGAUUAAUUGGGAGGGGAAUUGGUUGAAGUGGUGGAUCUUGCAACUCUUUGCUGCGCCGAAUCUGAGGCGGACGAGGAGUUUGUUUGAACAGGAGAGGUAUUUUAUGGUGCGCAGAGGGGUCAGUGAUAUGAUGAAGGAGGGGAUUGGAUUAUUUAAUGAUAAAGGUGGGUAUGUCUAUCUUGUGGAUGGCGAGUGUAGGAUUCGCUGGGCGGGGAGUGCAGAGGCUUCGGAGGGAGAAAAAAGGAGUCUGGUGGAGGGUGUGCGGAGGUUGGUGAAGGAGGCUAGAACGCCGGUGGAGGAGAGGGUGAGGCGUGGGAUGACGAAAGAGAAGAUUGAAGCUGCUGUGGCAGAAAUUGUGCUGGAGGAUGAGGGGAGGGAGAAGAUGGCUGCUGCUAGUGGAUAG